AUGGCCGACAUCAACCUCCAAGCAGUCCACGACCUCCUCGUCGAGGUCGCCUUCGAGGCCGGGCAGAUGAUUAUGGCCGCCAACACGGCCAAGAUCAAGACUGACACCAAGGCGAGCGACGUCGACAUCGUAACCGAAACCGACCGCGCCGUCGAAGCCCACGUCUCCGCCCGCCUGCGCGCCGCCUACCCCACGUUCCCCUUUGUUGGCGAAGAAACCUACAUCCCCGGCCAAACCACCAUCACCCCCGCCCCAACCUUCAUCGUCGACCCCAUCGACGGCACAACCAACUUCGUGCACGGCUUCCCCGCCGCCUGUAUCUCCCUCGGCCUCGCCGUCGACCGCGUGCCCGCCGUAGGCGUGGUGUACAACCCCUUCCAGGACAUCCUCUACACAGCGAUUAAAGGAAAGGGGGCAUACAUGCAGCGGAAUGCAUCCCUCCCAGAAGGCAAGGGUAGGGGGGAGAGAGUUCGGCUCGGCGAGAAUCUGACGCCGCUAGGCGACCUGCGCAGCGCGCUGGUGGGCAUUGAGUGGGGCAGUCAGCGGGACGGGCCGAAUUACAAGGUGAAGGUUGAGACGUUUCGGAAGCUGGCGGCGGCGCGGGAGGAUGGGGGUGGGAUGGUAGGCGGAUUGAGGAGUUUGGGGAGUGCGGCGCUGAAUCUUUGUGCUUGUGCUGCGGGCCAGUUGGAUAUGUAUUGGGAGGGCGGGUGCUAUGCUUGGGAUGUUACGGCGGGGUGGUGUAUUUUGAAUGAGGCUGGGGGUAAGGUUGUGGGAGGGAAUCCCGGGGUGUGGAAACCGGAGUUGACGGAGAGGAUUUACCUUGCUGUGAGGGGGGCGAGUGCUGGGCAGAAGGAGCUGAUUGAGGAGUUCUGGGGGGUCAUUGGGGAUGGUAGGUUGGAGUACAAGCAUUAG